AGUCAUUUCAAAACCAGGGGGCGGUGCCGAAGCUCCACUCCCUGUGUGUUUUCAGCGCUAUCUUCUUCUAAAACCUUUGUAAGCUCCUUGUCUCCCCUCCUGUUCGCUCUUUCUUCUCCUUUCUCUGUUUGUGGCAAGCAGCCCCUGCCCUGACCACCAGGACAUUUCUUCAACAAAGAGGAGAUGCCCCCACAGCCACAGGUGAAGAGAAGUUUCCUGGAAUUCCUCAAGAGCUUUGUUGGGAUUGUACGGGUACUCCAGAUCCUGUUUGGAGCUGGGCUUUGGGUCACCAUCGCAGCCAACAAGUAUGAGGGCCCCAUACACUUUGUUCUGUUCGUGGCUGUGUUCUUCUGGCUCUUAACGUUAGCCAUCUUCAUCCUCACUCUACUGGAUAAACAAGACCUUGUUCCCAUCGUAGGAGGAGAACGCUGGUUGUUAAGCAACGUGAUACAUGAUGUUGCUGCUUUUCUGCUGUAUCUGUCCGCAAUUGGAAUCAUGAUCUACAAAACCGACAAGAACUCCUUCUGCAACCUAGAUGCCUACAAACAUCACUGCUUGUACAAGGUCUACCUCACAGGUUCAGUCUUCGCCUGCCUCACUGCCAGCGUCUAUCUGCCUUCAGCUAUCUACGGCUGCUGCAGGAAAUGUCGAGGUGAACCGACUGUUGUUUGAAAGUUAAAAUCACAGGCGGUGAACAGUUAGAGACUGCAGCAUUGCUCACGGGAAACAUUGUCACUGAGAGUUGGAGGGGCCUUUUUCUCUAGAUGCAUUAUGUAAGCUUUUGAAGAUUAGAAAAAACAAUGUUCAUAGCAAAACAUUUUUUAGUAAGUAUCAUUAUCUUAUUUUACAGUAAAAACAAUACAAAAAAUAAAUAAAUAAAAGUAUCCAACAAGAUAGGACAGGACUUGAGAAGAUAACAUAUAUUUUAGAGAGUGUAUUUUGAAUUGAGUGUAUUUUUCUUACCCCAAUAGUUUUUUCUUGUGUUAAGCAGAAACCUCACAAGUUCAAUAGAUUUAUGCUUAAAACAGGAUCUUAUACAAUUUUGCCUCUUAAUGACAUAUAUCUUGUUUUAAGGGAUGUUUAGAUAUGUAUACUGGAAAGCAAGAGAAAAAUACUGAUAGAGAAAAAUAUUUUUUGCAGUGUUUUCUCUCAAAGCAGAGGGUUUGAUCCCCUUGUCUCAGGCUUUUAGGUUUGUUUGUUGCUUUUUAUUCAGUAAUAAUUUAAAGAGCUUUGUCCCUUCUGAAGUCACGCAUAUAAGUCUAUUUUACAAGUUUUCUUAUGUUUUUUUUUUUUGUGCUUUUGGAGGUUUAUAUACUUUUAACCAAUGCAAAUGUACUUUGUUACAUUAUGUUUUGAUAUUUUCCCUUUUGAUAUGAUGCAGACAUAAAAGAGUGCCUGUUUUAUUGACUCCUCAGUGCCUUUCAUAGUAUAUGUAUAUGUGCUUGACAAUCCUAAAAUGAAUCCCACCACAUCAAAUAUCUCACCUUGAUUUGAAUUUAAAAGAGGUAAAAUAUUUAAUACAGUUUUCUGGCGAUCAUAUUUUAGAAAUGUGUGCAAUGUCUAGCUAUCAUCAAACAGUCAAUAAAUAAAGAAAGAAAACCAGCA